GUGGCGGGCGGACUCGGGCGGGGCUCCAGCGCCUCUUCCCUGGAGCGGCUGCCCGACGUGGGCGAGGCGCCGCAGCCGCCGGACGAGCAGGAGCUCCGCGACGCCUCGUGGGGCGCCAGCGCGUCGUCGGUGGGCGCCGGCGGCUUCCUCGACCCCUCGCUGCCGGCGCGGCUCCAGGCGCGGCUGACGGAGGCGGAGCGCGCGGCAGAGCGGGCCCUGGAGGCGCUCACGCACGAGCCUGCGCGCGCCCGGUCGCCCGCCCGCGCCGCGCCCCUGAGCUCUGGCGGCGCCUGCUCCGCCAAUGGGCUCGCUGGGACGACGUACGCCGCGCCAGCCAGCGCGCAGUCCCUCG